AAGCAAGUUUUCCAUGAUGCUCAUUCUGCGCUAUUAGCAGGCCAUUUCGGAGCCAGAAAGGUGCUGCGGGAAUUGAGCAAGAGAGUUUUUUGGGAAAUUAUGACCAGAGACGUGCGACUGUGGACAAAAGAGUGUAAAAAGUGCACUCUGUUCAAUGCGCAGUCACAGAUGACGCCACCACUGAAACCAAUAGUCUCAACACGGCCAUUCGAGAUGAUAGGCGUGGACCUUUUGGAAAAGGGACCCACUUCCAGCGGGAACAAGUACAUCUUGUCCGUAAUCGAUCACUUCACCAAAUUUGGAGGAGCAUAUCCCGUCGCCUCGAAAUCAGCGGAAACAAUAGCGCGCACGCUUUUCGAACGCUGGAUGGCAGACGGAUGCCGCAUACCAAAGAGUAUUCUCUCCGAUCAAGGAGGAGAAUUCGAUAAUAAGUUGAUGUCUGAGUUGGCAUCUAUCAUGGGUAUCCGGCAGAUCUUCACAAAGGGUUACAACCCACGUGAGAACGGCAUAACGNGUGCUACCUUGAUGACAUCAUCGACCGCAACCAAGGAGCGCCACAUGGUAGUGCUAGGGGAAGUUUUCGGAAGACUACGUUCGGCGAAACUGAAGCUCAAUCCAAAAAAGUGCAUACUCAUGGAACCGAAGGUCGAGUUCUUGGGGCAUGUCCUAGACAGAGAUGGACUGCACGCGGAUCCCAAGAAGAUUUCAGCUAUUCGCGAGUAUCCAACGCCUCAGACGCGUUCGGAACUGAAAACUUUCUUAAGAAUGUGCUCCUACUACCGGAAAUUCAUUUUGCGGUUUUCGAAAAUCGCAGCUCCACUCCACGAAAUGACGUCGGAGGGAACCAAAUUCGAAUGGACCAAGUCGCGAACUGAUGCUUUCGGAACGCUGAAAGAAGCUCUCACUUCCACACCAGUGUUGGCACAACCAGACAUUGAUGGAGCGCGUUCGGGAGCUAAGCCGUUUUGCAUCCAUACAGAUGCUAGUUACUCAGGUGUAGGUGCAGUGUUGAGCCAAAAAGGGGACGACAACUUCCUACACCCGAUAUUCUUCGCGUCGAAGGGAUUGAAUAAGAGCGAACGCAACUAUCAUAUCACAGAUUUGGAAGCACUUGCUGUAGUUACAGCAUUGCGAAGGUUCCAUAUGUUUGUGUACGGAUUACCCAUCCAUAUUUAUACGGAUCACCAACCAUUGACAGCCUUGUUCACACGCUCGAAUGUAUCGGCGCGGGUACUUCGCUGGGCACUGGAGUUGCAGGCAUACAAUAUAAAAUUUGUGUAUGUCAAAGGAGCUGCGAACAGGGUUGCCGACGCGCUGAGCAGAGGAGCGGUAGACGCGGCAACUCUGGAAGAAAAUACCAGCAUUCCAAACGAGUUGAUAGUCGCCUCCACAACGGAAGAACCCGAGUGGACGCGAGAACUCAGGCAGGAUGCCAUAUAUGGAAAGGUGAUUACCGCACUCGAGCACGGCAUGCUCUCAGAGGAGGUAGUCUUUCCAAAUCAAAUCCGGAAGAUGAAAGUAGCCAAUUUCAUGCUUCAAGACGGAUACCUGUGCGUCCUGGACAAAGAAAACGUGAGGAGAGUGGUCCCNCACCAUACAUGGUUGAUUUCGACGACUACGUUCAAGAGCUAG